AAGUCGAGUCAACGAGAAAAGAGCGAUUGCAUGCCCCGACAGUAUGUAGUUUCGUGCGACUAGAAGAGAAUGCAAAAAUGAGAGGCAAAGUAGAUUGAAAUGCAAGCCAAAGGAACGAGCGACUGCUGCAAAGACAACUGGGGAGGGGGGCUGGCCGAUGGACGAUGGAGACGUCCCAGAAACCAACACAACGAAAGCCGAAGCUGAAAAGAAAAAAACGUGAGAGCAAAGAGAGAAUAGAAAAAGAAGGCCAACCAGCACGAGCCGCCUGCAAUAGAACGAGGCUCUCGAAAACACUUGCUUCACACACAAGCCUCAACGAAGAGAAAAAAAAGCAAAAGUCUGGUGCAGAGGCAAAAGACGCACGAGAGAAGCAUGAAGACAAGUUGAGACACCCGCUGUUAGUCGAUCAAUUUCCUGGGUGGGCCAGCAGACGAGGACCCAGCACUGUGGACUAGCCUGUGGGUUCGGCGGGCAUGGCGGGCACAGCGGGUUAAGAGGGCCCGGAGCGCGCCACGGAGGGGUCUUCCAGGGCACUAGGGCACUAGCAGGAUGCUGGCAGCGGC